AUGCUUCAGGAUAAUGCAUCCUUUACUGACAUUGCCAACGCUACUACAUUCGAGACAUAUGGCCGUGUUCAGAGAGACCUGAAGGCUCGACAUGUAACCUUCAUCGCACUCGGCGGCAAUCUUGGCACGGGGCUGUUUCUGGGUAUAGGACGGGCACUGAGGACGUCCGGACCGCUCUCACUCUUCCUUGGAUAUGCCAUUGCCAGCUCUGCUGGCUUCAUGAUGAUGAUGGCGCUUGGAGAAAUGGCCGCGUGGCUGCCGCUACCAGGUGCCAUUCCCCAAUUCUGCGCCCGCUAUGUCGACGAUGCCCUCGGUUUUGCUGUUGGCUGGAACACUUGGUUUACGGCAGUCAUCACUCUUUGUGCUGAAAUAUCAGCAGUCUGCAGCAUCAUUCAAUUCUGGUCGGGUGCUGAGCAUGUUAGCGUUGCUGUGUGGAUUGUGAUUCUCAUCGUUGCCCUGCUGGCACUGAAUAUCCUGGCAGUCAAAGUAUAUGGAGAAGCUGAGUUUGCUUGUGCGGUGAUCAAACUCUGUGGAAUAAUCGGUCUACCUAUCACAGCUCUCCUGAUUGAUCUUGGAGGAGUCCCAACCCACAAUCGGCUCGGAUUCCAUUACUGGAAGACCGACGGCAUCAUGAAAGAGUAUAUUGCGUCAGGCAGCACUGGCCGGUUCUUGGGGCUUUUUUCCACACUAGUCAAUGCUUCGUUUUCCCUGGGUGGUGUUGAAACCGUCGUAGUCGCCGCUGGAGAAGCCGAAAAUCCGCGACGAAACAUUCCCAGGGCCAUUAGACGUGUCUUUUGGCGACUCUUGUUCUUUUUCGUCCUUGCCUCAUUCGCGCUUGGACUGAUUUGUCCCAGUAACAAUUCUAAGUUGCUGGGAGCUAGUUCUUCCUCUAAUACUGAGUCUCCCUGGGUGAUUGCAAUCAACCUAGCGGGGAUCAAGGCCCUGCCAUCCAUUGUUAACGUUGUGGUCCUCAUCGCUGGCAUUUCCUCCGGGAACUCAUACGUCUUUAUGGGAUCCAGAUAUCUCUAUGCGUUAGCCUGCAACCAGCAGGCUCCUAAGAUUUUCCUACGUUGUACCGAACAAGGGAUCCCGAUUUGCGCCCUUUUGGUGACCAUGUCAAUCUCUUUCCUGACAUUCAUGUCAAUGGGCUCCAGCUCAAACAUUGUCUUCCAGUGGUUUCAGAAUCUGACCACAGUUUCUACUCUGUAUGACCCCAUUACCACAUUGUACACCUGGAUCUCCAUCUGUAUCGCAUACAUGCGCUUUCACGCCGCUCUCAAAGCCCAGAAUAUUGACCGAUCAGACCUCCCGUUUUCAUUCCCGUUACAGCCUUACUCCACAUACUCCACGCUGGGAUAUCUAUGCAUUGUGGUCUUCUUCAACGGCUUCGAUUCUAUCGCCGGUGGCUUCAACCUGCCAGGGUUUAUCACCUCAUACAUCGGCUUCCCCCUUUUCUUCGGUUUCUUUCUCUUCUGGAAGAUUUUGAAGCGCACAAAAUGGAAGCGGCCUGAAGAAGCCGAUCUUUUUACCGGAAAGGCCGAGCUUGAUGCAAUAGAGUGGCCUCGGAAGAUACCGAGGAACUUUGUGGAAAGAGUUUGGUUGGCUUUUAUUUGA